AUGAACUCACCAAGAAGACUACGAUCAAACGAUACCCUCGCAAAAGAUCCACAUCCGAACAACAACUUGUUCAAUUUCGACAAGGUGAAUCAGUACUUGUACAACGCCAAACCGAUCCAAAUUUCAGCCGACGCAUCUCCGAAUUGGCCCCUAUAUCAUUUCUACACCGAUGAUGCGUCUUUAUCUCCCAAACCAAGCAUCGACCCGGCAAAAUUCAAAAUCAUAAAGCUCGACGCUCUGUGCCAACCACCAUCGUCAUCAUUACCGCCUUUAUUUCGAACCAAAAAGAAUGACCCCCUCCCCGCAUCCAAAUUCGAAAUCUUUCACCGCAAAAUGCGCAAGGACGAAAAGCAAAUGCUCAACGACGAAAAGAUCCGCCACUUGUCGGAACUAGAUACUCUCCAGCAUAACCUAGCACUAUUACACCAAUACGAUUGGAUCCGGCACCUACCCCAAAUCACUCAUAUCCAGGAUAAGAACGACUUGCAGGAAAUGGAACUCAAACGGGACCUAACCGUGGCUGAGAUUGAACGGAUCAUGGCUCGGCUGGCUGAAUGGCGCAAAAAGAAAGAUGCGUUUGUGUUGGAAAUGAAAAACUUUGAUGUGGUUGAUGAUGAUGAUAAUGAUGAUUUGGAGUAUGAUGUUGCCUGGGAGAAAUCGAUGCGGUUUGGUGAAUCGGGUAACAACAAAAACAAUAAGGACAACAACGAAAACAAAAAGAAGGACAAGAACGUGAAGAACAAGGACAAGAAGGAAAAGGAGAAGGGAUUGGAAACUCCGCGGGUAAAGAAAUUGACGUUAAAGUUGGGUCCACCUCCGCUGCCGAAAGUCCACACGCCGAAGCUGAGUCAAGUAAAGGGAGCCCUGGCUUUGGAGAGGGCUAAGAAAUUGGAAGAAGUGGGCAAGGAAGCUGAUAUCAACUUGUUUGUGACAGAUACUCCUCACGACUACAUAUUUGGCUGCGAUUUUCAAGAUAUCCCGGCAUCAAUUACUGGAUUCCAGCUUCCUCAAGGUCUACGACGGUUGAAAUAA